AUGGCGUCACAGUCCCCGCCCCCGGCGGAGCUGUCCACGGUACUGGGAGCCAGCCUGCCAGCUUUGGGGUACAGCGCCAGACCAGCUCCAACACCUCUGUUCCCAGCCUCCCUUCGCCUGCUGCAGACACCGACCUCCUUUGCCUUCUCCAAAAGAGAUUCUCCAGACAACCAUUGUUUCUGCACAGAAAAAAUUAUUUCAAUGAAUUGUACAUUGUAUGGUGUACUAGAUAUUGGCAAGUGCAAAGAAGGAAAACCAGUAUAUAUUUCACUUCCUCAUUUUCUACAUGCAAGCCCAGAGAUUGCAGCAAACAUUGAAGGCUUAAAUCCAAAUGAAGAAGAACAUAAGACGUAUUUGGAUGUGGAACCUAUAGCUGGAUUCACUUUACAAUUUGCAAAACGUCUUCAAAUCAAUAUAUUGGUCAAGCCAUCAAAAAAAAUUGAGACAUUAAAGAAUCUGAAGAAGAACUAUCUUGUGCCUAUUCUUUGGCUUAAUGAGACUGGUACCAUUGGUGAGGAGAAAGCAGAAAUGUUCAGAAAUAAAGUGACAGGAAAAAUAAACCUCCUUGGCCUGGUUGAAAUGGUCCUGCUCAGUGUCGGUGUGGUGAUGUUUGUGGCUUUUAUGAUUUCAUAUUGUGCAUGCAGGUCAAAGAAAGUAAAAUAA